CGACCAAAGACGUUUGCGCGUGUGUGGGGGCGGGGUUCUCGCGAUAUUUAAAGCCCACCCUGACCACGUUUCCCCAAGUCUCGCGAGAUCUCAAUUUGUUUUUCUUAAAUCGUGUACGGGUCGCGGGCCUGCGUGAGUCUCGGUUCGACUCAGAGGUAAGGUCACUCGCUCACCACUCGUCGGCUCUCUCGCUUUGGCUCCCCUCCCUUCCCCAUCAUCCUCACUCAGACAUUUUCAGCUCCGUUCUCGCGGAAGACCAACGGCGAGACGGAGAGGGCGAGAGAGAGAGAAAGCGAGCGCUGGUUCCAGAAUGUGACGGGAGCAAGGGGGCCAAGAAACGUGCGUGCGUGGUGUGCGUCCGUGCGUGUGCGAGUCCGCAACUGGGGUCCACCUCUCGCCGGUCCGGCACCGAGCGGCGUCCGUCGCACCCCAGCCGUCUUCGUCCAGAGUCCACCCCCACCGUGUUCCCACCAUGGACUGGACGGAGUCCAGCCUCAACUCUUCCUACCUCGUGGGCUCGGCCGAUUCGACGCCGCGGCCCGAGAACAAGAAGAUCUCGGACGUCCGGCGGACGUUCUGCCUCUUCGUGACCUUUGACUUCCUCUUCGUCGGCCUCCUGUGGCUCACGGAGCUCAACGUUGACGGGAACCUCAAGGACAAGUUAAUAAACGAAGUUGUGAACUACAGCUACCAGACUUCCCUCUUUGACAUCUUUUGCCUGGGGGCUGUUCGAUGCACCAUGCUGCUUCUGGCCUACGCGCUCUUCCGCCUCAAGCACUGGUGGAUGGUGGCGUUAACGACGUUCGUGUCGUCGGCGUUUCUGAUCGUCAAGGUCAUCAUCUCACAGCUGCUGAAGAAGGGCGCCCUGGGCUACGUGAUUCCCAUCGUGUCGUUCAUCCUCGUGUGGGUCGAGACCUGGUUCGUGGACUUCAAGGUUCUGCCGCAGGAGAUCAAGGAGGAGAACAGACAACUCCAGUCCCAACAGAGUGGCUCGGGCCAAGCCCCCCUGAUCUACCCCCGCCCUCUCUCGGAUCCCCACUUCUACUCUCCUCCUUCCUCCUUGGAUGGUUCGGACGACGACUCCGAAGACGAAACGAAGAAGAACCUCACCUGGCGGGAGAAGGAGUAUGUGCGGCAGGGCAAGAGAUCGAUGGAGGUGAUGAAGCAGACCCUGUCCCGGCAGGACCUCUGGUCGUUCGACAAGAAGACCGAGUAUGGAGACGUGAUUUACAUCACGGACGUUACUGGCUACGGGCGAACCUACAUCCUCAAGGCCGUGCUGGAUGCCACCCCCGAGGCGGUGUUUGACGAAGUGGUCGUGAACAUCGAGGCGAUGCCGCAGUGGAACAAGGCCAUCACAGAGAGCCAGGUGCUGCAGCGGGUGGAGGAUCACACCUUCGUUACUUACGAGGUGGCUGCCAGUGCUGCACGGGGCCUCAUCUCUCCCAGGGAUUUUGUGACCGUGCGGAGGGUGGAGAGGCGACCGGAUCGCUUCAUAUCCUCGGGGAUGUCGACGACUCACGACGCCCGGCCGGUCCACGACGGCAUCGUACGUGGGGAGAACGGGGUCGGCGGUUUUGUCGUCGAUCGCAAUCGACACAACCACGAGCAGAGCGUCCUGCACUGGAUCCUCAACACCGACCUCAAGGGCAAGCUGCCGGGCUACCUGGUGCAGCAGAGUCUGGCGGGCGUCAUGCUGGACUUCGCCGAAAACCUGCGCCAGAGGCUGCGCGGCAUGCGGCCGGCGGUCUGAGGCCCGCCCGGGGCAGCAAGGGACACGGCGGUGGUGGGGGGGGGAGAGCGUCCGGUUUGUUAGGCGUUCGGGGCGGAGGGGAACCGGGGGACGUGAGGACGACGACAGCGACUCGCCUCGAGGUGGGGGGACGGGGUGGCCAUGGGCGGCGUUGGCGGAA